AUGUUCAUUGGCCUCUUUCUUGAAGCUUUACUGUCUCAUGUCAGAUGGGCUGCAAGUGGUGAUGUGCUGGCAAUGAACUCCACUAGUCACAACUCUUCGAUGAGGAAUGCAAACCAAUUUAAUCGUCAUAUGACAUCCAGCCAUUCAGGCAGAACAAAUCAUCGGUCUCGAUGGCCUGUAAAUCGUGUUUCAUAUCCUAAGGAUUUCAGACAGUAUGAUCAGUGUUUUAGUCCUAGCGAUUGCUCGCCAAUUGCCAUUCCGGGAAGCAAUGUCCCUCAGAAGGACUCUGCCUAUGGACCUCGCCAAGGCCACCCAAAGCCAUCUGGGCCUUUGAGUUCUCCGGUGGCAGGGCACACGGUUGCUGGGCCUGUAGCUCCAGAAAGGCAUCAGAUUUCCCCACCGCUGCAUGUCAAUAUUUGUCAGGAUAAUACUUUACAUGCACCUGUUUUGAAUUUGAGUCCUGGCGGGGCAGGUGCGAGUGCUAUGGAAGCACAUUUCCAUGCAGGUCUCGGAGAAGAUCCUCCAUGGCAUAAUACUGAUUUGCGGCUCAGUCCAGUACAGGUACCUCCUUCACCACCAUAUUUCCGGAGUCAUAAUCAAGAUGAUGGACGCAAGGGACUUCAGGGGCCUCAGCCUGUGGGAGCUGUGGGAGGGGCCCGCUGGGGACCAGGAGUGGGGGUAUCAGCGGGAGCCUUGCCUGCAGGAGCCCUGCCACGGGAUGCUGGCAGUGAAGCCGCUGCAGCAGCAGCUGCUGCUGCGCACGUUCGCAAUGUGUCCCCAGUGGCUAUGUUCAUGCCUGGCCCACCUGGAUGUGGCCAGCCUCCUCCUCCUCCCCCGCCUGUCCCUCCUCCACCUGCUUGCCAGCUACAUGGCGUCUACGGUUGUGCUUGCUGUUCUCAGUUUCCAGCAGCUUGUCAGGUUGCCCAGUUUGGCAGCUGUUUGCAACCACAUCCACAUCACCACCACCAUCAUCAUCAACAAUCUUAUUAUCACCCUCCUCCAGCAUUUCUGCCACAGCCACCACAGCCUACCCCUUUGACUAUGCCAGCCACUCACUACACUCAUCUCCAACCGCAGUGGUCUGAUGAGGUAGAGCUGGAACGUAGCGCUGGGCCUAUUCUACACCGUCCACAGCUGCAUCCAGCUCGCAUUCGCACCCGAGUGCAUCCACAUGCUCCAGUUCCAACAUCUCCUCCUACAAUAUUCCUCUCUGAGGCUGCAGCCAGAGGAGGUCAUUUGGAGCAAGCUCGGAGGAGACAUCCUGCUGCUCCUAGUCGUCGAGCUGCGGUUCGUAGAUGGCGGGCAUCUCCCCUGCCCAGUCCUGCCCCAUAUCCAGGGAUCGUUCUGCAUUUCUUAGGAAUGUUUUCCAAUCCUCCACUGUCCCCAUUCAACCAGGCUGAACUGGGCAAUACAGAUUCAGAGACAGAAAAUUAUGAAGCUCUUCUGAGUCUUGCUGAGAGACUGGGAGAAGCAAAACCAAGAGGCCUAGCCAAAGUGGAUAUAGAGCAGCUUCCAUCAUAUAAGUACAAUGUUGAUAGCCAUCAAAGUGAGCAGACUUCGUGUGUUGUCUGCAUGUGUGAUUUUGAAUCUCGCCAGUUGUUACGUGUUCUUCCCUGUGCUCAUGAGUUCCAUGCUAAGUGUGUUGAUAAGUGGCUAAAGACUAAUCGAACCUGCCCAAUCUGCCGAGGAGACUCUUCGGAUUACUUUAAUCGGGCUGAGUAGACUGAGAAGUAAUGAUGGUGUGUCACACCUUAAUGACCGCAACUACUCUUUUCUCUCAGAUACCUGACCAUUUUCUUUCUUUGUUAAUGCCUGUUCCUUGUUAAAGUUUAUUGUUCUUAUUAAUUGUGAUGAAAUCAUUUUCUAUUUGUAGGGUCUCAUUUUACACUAAUGUACUUUUUGAUUAGAUCAAUUAUUCAUGAGAUUUUGGUGAAUCAUUUUAAAGUAAGUGGCCAGUUGUAUUUUUAUUUUGUUUUUCUAGAUACUUGUUAUUGCUUUUACAAUUCUAUAAAUCCUGUGAUCUUCGUAAGUUGAUUUUGCUUGAAAGGCAGAGCUGUAAUGAUGUUAAACUGUGUGAGUUUCUGUUUAUUACGCUUUGUUAAAUUUGUUAUUAUUUUACUUCUUCAAAAUUCACUAUGUUAAGAAUCAAACUGAUGUGUAACAUUCUCAGCAUUGCUGUUAAAGUAUACAAUAAUAAUUGUUUCUAGUUUGAAUAACAUGCAAAUUACUCCUACGCUUGUCAUUCUCUGGGAGUUCAAUUGUUCGCAAUGUGCAGCUGAAAGUACAAUCUCACAGAAGAUUGUACUCUUAUCUGGUCCUUGUACUCUACAAGCACCUUGCAGUUGAUUGUGCACAGGGUUUCUGUAUUCUUCAUUAUGAAUUGCAAGGAAUUGAAAAUGACAUCAAUGCAUACAUUUUGGACUAUUGAAAAUUAUAUAUGUAUGAAAAAUGUCAUUUCAUGUGAAGCCUGAAUCGUUUCCAAAUUCAAUAAAAAUUGUGUGGAUCAUUCUAAUUACAUUUAAGCCAAUGAGGCGUAUAGCACAUAUUCUUGGUGCCUUGUAUGAUACACAGAACAAUAUUUUAGUAUAAUUAGUAUACCAGCUAAAGCAUUCUACAAAGAAAUUGAUGGGAACUUGUGGAAAUAUAUUUACAAGUGAAGGGAAACUAGGAUUUAUUGAUAUUGCUGAAGCAUUGGAUGAGCCAUUGCUAAGCUCUAAGGGACUAAAGGUCCUGUGAAGUUUGUGUGGGCAAUGUCAGAGGUUUGCCCAAUAUUCUGGCACUUCAGUCAUCUAAUUUCAAGAAUGUGUGUGGAAUUAAAGUGCCCCGAGUCUCUUCAUAAUCUCAGGAUUUUUUGUUUAUAAUUCCUCCAACAGUUAGUAGUCCUGAUGUUUUUACUUGUCAGAAAUGAUAGUUCUAUGGAAGCUUCUGUUCUUUAAUUCUUUCCUGAGUCUCUUGGGAACAUUCUCUGGAAACAUGAUUGAUAUUGUUUUUUGUGAAUUUUCUUUUCUUUCUAUACUUAUUAUCUAUCACGUUUCUUUUCAAGUAAAUUCUUUUCAUAAUAAAAAACAUUGUCUAUCUUAGUUUCCUUUUUAAAAGUUUUACAUCAAAGGAAUAUUUUGAAUUAUUUGAUUCUUAAUUCCUUUGAUUGUGAAGGUGAAACUGUAAUUGGAGUUUAAUAUCUCUUAGUGUCUAAAAAUGCUUGAUUGAGGAAAUGAGCUGAGGCUUCUGAUUCUUGCUUCAAGAUACUGACAUACUUCCAUUGUGUAAACAAUAAUAUCCUUGUUCUGAUAAGAUAAAGUAAGGUGUUAGGAUUAUGUCUGUAACAGUGAGUGUUUAACUUAUUAAUUACCUCAUAUAUAGGAAAUAUUCUGUUAACAAACAGGAUACUUAGGAAGUGUUAGGAAAAAAGGCUUCAGAAUUAUUUCAGAAGUCUCCUGAAUUCCAUGGGUGUGCAUAGUACAAAAUCUUGUAAUAUCUCUUUUAUGUGUGCAUUAAAUAUUUACCCUGCUAAAGCUUUGUAGAUGUAAGUCUCACAGAGCCCUGUGUUUGAGUGUCCUUAUCACAAUUUAUACAUUUUCUGAGACUACAAAUAUUCGCAGAUUGUAUUUAAUAAUCAAGUAAUAAGCAUAGAUGUAAGGUUUUUUAAAGUGUGGAAUAGUGGUUGUUUUGGUGCAUGUACAGUAUUUGCUAGUGGACCUGGAUGUUGCAAUGUUUAAUUUUUCCAUUGCAUUUGUUUUGGUCUAUUGUGAUGAGUAAAAGAAAAGUAUUCACUAAAUUAACAUAUAUAACUUUAAGAAAACUAAUGCAGAGUAGGCUCUUGGUAUUGAUAAGAUUAAUAGCUUGAGGUUGAGAUGUAUAUGCUCAAAUUCAGGGCUAAUAACAAGAUUAUAGGUCCUUGCCUUUCACAUAAAAAUAGAGUAUUUCCAUUCUCACUCAAUGUUUUAAGGUGAUGAAUGAUCGCAUGUAUAUAUUGGCUUAUUUUUCAUAAAGAAAAUCUACUGCAAUGUGCAUAUUGUUAGUAUUUGUGAUGCGAGGUAAACUUCAAUUACUUAUGAAUGUUAAUCUUGCUUUUUAGUUAGUGCCAUUAAUUUUUCUCAUUUUUGGAAAAAUAAUUAGUGUGCAGCGGAAGCACUGUUUCUGGGUGUUUUGAAUAACUAGUGAACAAAGUCUUCUAAAUCUUAUCUCUGAAGACUGGGUGCACUAGUUACUGAGUUUAGUAGAAAGAAAUAAGAAUGCCAAAGAUGAAUACUACUAUAGUAUUGAUUUCCUUCGACGCCCAGGCUACCUCGAAAGCACUAUGGGAGGAUCGGGUAAGGAACAACCAGCUUGUCAAAGCUGCCAAACGUUAGAUUUGAAGGUGUGUUGUUCAAAUGUAUUUUUUUAUAUUUGUAAUGGGAACUCCCGUGUAGAAAACAGUGCCCUCUUUCUUUAGUUCAAGAGUAGUUAUCUCUACACCUAACUGUUGUGUGUACAAAUUUCAUAUGUAUAUGUAAUACAUAAAAAUAUAUAUUCAUAAGAUAGAAUCAUAACCUAGUAUGCUUUUUUAAGUUACUUCUCUUUAACUUUCAGGUAAAAUAGAAAUCAAUGUGUGAAUUAUCAUGUGCUUGACCUACGUGAGUGCUUUCCUAUUGAUAAGAUCAGUAAAUUGGUUGGUUCUCCAGGAGGAAAUAUUUUUCUGGUGGUCAUUACCAAAUAUGUAGCAUUCCAGUACAAAUAACUGUCUGACCACUGACAAUGCAUAAUUACGAAUUUAAUACUCUGAAGUAUAAUGCAAGAGCCUUCACAGAUACAGAUUUGUUUUGAAUUGUGUGAUUCUUAUAUCCAUCAUCCUGGAUAUUACAAAACAUAUUUGAAUUUGUGAUGAAUUGGUUUGAAUUAUAAUUGUUGUAUAAAUAAAACAAACCACAUUUUGAGAAUUAAUUCAUCAUAUGCAAUAUAAACCGGAGAAUACAAAACUCUCAAGUAUGUUUGUAGUUCCUGACAUUCUUCUGUGUAUUGGGUUGCCAACACUUCUUUUGAUGUGCAAUGCUCACCUAACCUUAUUAGCUAGGUCCUCAUGAGAACAUUUUGUAUAUUAGUAAAACAAGAAAUUAUCCUAGGGGGCCAACUGACUGCUUGAUGUACUAUUCAUAAUUGAAACAAUUAAUGUUUUGUAAUUUACUGCUGGAAGUAAUGUGCAUGGUUAGUAUGUAAGACAGGCCUUGUUUCAAUACAAGUUUAGACACACUUCCACUGAUCAAUACUUUUAUAAAGCUCUUUGGAUUUCAUAAUUAGUGAAGGCACUAUAAUGUAGAAAACUACAUAUCUCUUGCAAUCUACUUUAUUUGUUGAUAUUUGUGUGUUGUGUGUAAUUGCAAUUUAGACUAAGAUAAAUGGAUGUAAACUUUUGUAUCCAACUGACUAUGGAACUUUUCUAGGGUAUUUGUUCAUUUUAAAUAAAUGCUCAUUUUUUCUUUAAUCUUUGUGAAAUAAUAUUUUCAGAAUUUAAUAUAAGCUACUCAUACAAGUUAAGGCAUAUGUAAUGUUUGCUGGUCUUAUUCACAACAAAAUGGUUUUGCAGACACAUUGUUGUACCCUUCUCUUAUUGGAAAUAUGUUUGUCUUAGGGAAAGAAAUUCAAUUUGUGGAAAACAAGAGUAUUCUUUCAAAUGCUGCUAAAGUUUGCAAUGUUGGUGAAGUAUUACUGAUAAAUUUUCUUCCAUGUUCUUGUGGGAAUUUAGGCAAGUGAAUUUCAAGGAACAUGUGUACGCUUUCCUUGCCCAAAGUUUGUGAAAAAAAAUAGCAAAGGCUAAUGCACUUCCUAGAGGGAAUUAAAAGAAAGCAAUUUUUACACAUAUCACCAAAUACAUAUGUAAUCAAGCGGUAUCUGUUUGCUGACAAGGAGAACAUUGUACUCAAAGUAUUACUAAUUAUAAUAUUAAUUUAUAGCAAUAAGUUGUAGAAUGUGAAUUUUUUGAAAAUAAUUUUUUGCACUUUCAUAUAUAAACGAAUGACCCCCUCCCUCCCCCCAUGGAAGUGCCUUUUAACUUCAGUUCUUCUUACAGUUAUCUGUCAAUGCCAGGUGAAAUAUAAUUGCCUUUUUUUCUAUGAACUGUGUAUCUUGUGACAACUAAAACUUGUUUAGGUAACUGCAAAUAAUAAUCUUGAGACAAUCACAAAAUACAUGUUUGUUUCUGUAAUGAAACUUGUUAAUCACACCAGAAAUUGUAUGUUGAAAUUUGGAAAUAAGGGGGCACAAUGGAAGCGUUGGAAAAUGUGGUCUCUUAGAAAGAUGUCGUAUUAUUUUCUUGUGUUCACUUCAAACAUAUUUUUUUUUUUUAUUAACUUUUUUAACUCAUGGUUUCCAGUGCAAAUAAUAUAAUUCAAAUUAAUUUGAAUUAUGACCUACAAUACAGAAAUUGAAAGUGUACUUGUAACAGUAUUCUUCAGAGGUAGUGCAAUUGGGAACACUGUAGUAUGCUUGUCUCAAAGUGCAGUGCCAUGGACAGACUAUGUUUUUAUGGUUUCAUUGUUUAUAUACCACAUCUGUAAACAAAAUUAUUUUUGUAUUGUCUGAAGUGGGCAGUGAUAUUUGUUAGAUUACCUGGUGUCAAACUUGCUCAAUUUUUAAUGUUAAUCUUUUUUUAAAUUUAUGCUAAAUUAUACCUUAUUGUUCAACCUCUACAGUUCAUUACAUAAUUUUUCAACAAGAAAUGUAAACAUUUGGUAUUUUAUACAUGCGCAUGUAUGUUGAGCACAUUAGAUUUGCUGUAGAUCAGAAGACUACCAAAGAAUUUUUAUACUUAUGAUAAAAUAAAUGAUUAAUUUGUAGGAGAGUGUGACAUUUCCAUUGCGUUAUGUUGAUAUAUGUAAUACAUUAUUAAAAGUUGUGAGUUUUUAGAAAUUUUUGUACAUAUCUUUGAAAUUCUGCAUUUUAUAUAGCAAUGAUCUUUACGACAUUUUUGAGCAUUACCACUUGUGGAGUUAUUCCGGUACUUUCCAAAUAUUUUGUUAAUUUGUAGAAAAUUGUGCACAGCUUCUACAUAUAAAAUACAUUACAAACUACAUAUUUGUUC